GCCGAUUUCCCCCCUCCCCCCAGCCCCUUUCUGGCCCCAGGCGUCGACUUCGGCUACGAGGGGCAGGAGCUGCUCUUCCGCAACCUCGACUUCGGCAUCGACAUGGACUCGCGGAUUUGCAUCGUGGGCCCCAACGGCGUGGGCAAGAGCACGCUGCUGCUGCUGCUGACGGGGCAGCUGACGCCGACGCGGGGGGAGAUGCGCAGGAACCACCGGCUGAAGGUGGGCUUCUUCAACCAGCAGGCGGCCGAGCAGCUGCGGCUGCAGGAGACGGCGGCCGAGUACCUGCAGCGCGGCUUCAACCUCCCCCACCAGGACGCCCGCAAGUGCCUGGGGCGCUUCGGCCUCGAGGGCCACGCCCACACCCUGCAGAUCGCCAAGCUCUCCGGGGGGCAGAAGGCCCGGGUGGUGUUUGCGGAGCUGGCGUGCCGCGAGCCCGACGUCCUCAUCCUGGACGAGCCCACCAACAACCUGGACAUCGAGUCCAUCGACGCCUUGGCCGACGCCAUCAACGAGUACCGGGGAGCCGUCAUCGUGGUGAGCCACGACGCCCGGCUGAUCACGGAGACGGCGUGCCAGCUCUGGGUGGUGGAGGAGCAGGGCCUGAGCCAGAUCGACGGCGACUUCGACGACUACAAGCGCGAGGUGCUCGAGGCCCUGGGGGAGGUCGUCAUCAGCCGCCCCCGCGAGUGAGGGGGCGCCCCGGGGGCUUUGGGGCCGGGGAGGGGGGGCGGAGAGGGGG